UCUGGCGUUGGCGUCGGCCCCGAUUGCAUGACCGCAUACCAGAGCCUCAAGCUGGGCAAGAAAAUCAAGUACAUCAUCUUCACGCUGAACAAGGACAACACGGAGAUUGUCGUCGAGAAGCAGUCCGAGUCGCACAAUUACGAGGAUUUCCUCGCCGACCUCCCCGAGAACGAGCCCAGAUGGGCGAUCUACGAUUUCGAGUACGAAAAGGAGGGUGCGGGCAAGAGGAACAAGAUCACUUUCUUCUCCUGGUCGCCUGACGACUCAAAGAUCAAGCAGAAGAUGUUGUUUGCAUCGUCGAAGGAUGCGCUCCGACGCUCGCUAGUGGGUGUUGCGGCCGAGAUCCAGGGUACGGACUAUAGCGAGGUGGCAUAUGAGAGCGUGCUGGACAAGGUAUCCCGGGGGGCCUAA